AUGCGUCCAGCAACGCGCACGUCGCUCGUCGAGUUUCGCUCAAUCCUUCUACCGCCAAUUCGCAUUCCGGUUCACGCUCUCGGAGCGCUAUAUCGCCCACAAUGCUCACGGCCGGCUCCCAGUUGCGCUCCUCUGCAAUGCCUAACGCAGCGUCGGGGUAUGAACCUCUACAAGACGGCCAGAUCCAAGACACUGCUGGGACAGCACAAAUCCUUGACUUUCUCAUCGUAUGAGAUAGAGCCUCCAAGUGCAUCGUCGCACCGCAUCAACCUCUUCGAGACGGAUAAGCACCAUUCCAAGUAUACACUGAUAGCGAAGGACGUGUCAUUGCAAGAGGCAUACGAUAAUUAUGUCAAGCCAGGGCAUAUGAUUUACUGCACGAAGCAAUUGAAAAAGGGAAUGGCGAAGACGUUCAUGACCGACGCGGAAAAGAAACAUAUAUUGGAUGAAUACAAGAACUUCUCGUUUGUGGAGGCGCGCUCGCACCGGAUUGCAUUGAACAGUCCCCAGAAAGGACGACAACUGGGAGGACUGAAGAACAUUAUUUUCAAUGAGUCGAGUCCGAUUUCGCAUUUCCGGCUGAGCAUGGACCGGGCCUAUCAGUUCGUCGAUUCGGGCUCGCCUGUCGAGGUUCGUAUUCGAUUGCAGGGCAGUGUAGCCAAAGAACAACGACUCAUGCCUGGCAAUCCGGCCUUCUGGCCGUGGAUGCACACCCACUUCCCACACCUGCGACCGGAUUUUAUUCUAAAAGGGAUGCCCGAAGGAACCAUAUUUCUCAUCAACCCAGUCAGCGAUGGGCGAGUGUGCCAGUGGGUCAUGGCCAAACCAACGGCUGUUAGCACCCAAGACCUUAACAAGCGAUUUGUGAAGGUUCAGAAAGGCGUGAUAAGAUCAAUCAGGCAGGGACAGCAAGAGAUGCUGCCACAGCGAAUGCGGCUUCAAUUGGCCGAGAGUGGAAACGAGAAUUAUUCGCCCACCACGGGCAUGCCGAAAUCAAAGGCAAAGGCGAAAUAUGGCCAGGGUGGAAGUGUCACAUAUGGGGCGGAGGAGAAGAAGCAUCUGGCCAAGGACGCGGAGACGUCUAGGUUCCUGCAGCCCGAUGAAGACAAGACACAGGGAGCAGAGGACAAGGGGGCAGUGGAGGAGGAGGAGGAGGAGGAGGAUGUGGAUGAGGAUGAGGAUGAGUUCAAGCCCAGGUACAGGCCCAGGCACAAUGACAAGUCGCCGCCGGAGCCCAAGCAUCGAUGGCUGGGACGAGGCAGCAGGCGGUGA